AUAUUAAUUUCAUCUUUUGGUUAAAUGUAGCUUGUUGGGCAAAGUUUCCUGUAGUUUUAGCUUUAGGAGAUUUAGAAGUUGGGUUUAUUUACACUCCCCCCGACUGAUGCAAUCUACGUAGGGAACUGAGACGUCUUCCCAAUCAAAUAACUUAGCAAAACUCACCCUUAUAUUUAUCUAAAUACUAUUCAUCUGUACAGGACGACGAUACUGAUGGGCCAAUAACUAAUCCAGCUCAACUGGCUUUGAUAUUUUCACACACAGAAAGAUAUCCCGAUGAACCUCCCCUUUUAAAUUUGAAAAGUUUGCAAGGAAUACAUAUUGAAGAUCUAAGGAUUUUGAAAGAAAAACUUCUACAAGAGGCUUCUGAAAAUCUUGGUAUGGCUAUGAUAUACACACUUGUUACCUCAGCUAAAGAGUGGCUGUCUGACCGGUUCUGUCAAGACUCUGUUGAUGGGAGUACUGAAGUAGAAGAGGCAGCCAAAGAUGAUAUAGUGAUACCCCACGGAGAACCAGUUACUGUUGAAACAUUUUUGGCAUGGAGAGAAAGGUUUGAAGCGGAACUAGCAUUGGAACGAGCCAAGCUAAUGCCCGAAUCUGUGCUCACAGCGCCUAAGGAAAAGAAGCCCAGUGGUAGACAAUGGUUUGAAAGUGGAAGAGCGAAAGGUGUGGCUGCUGUCAAUGAGGAAUCUGAUCUGGAGGACGAGGAAGAUAUUGACUUUGAUGAAGAUGAUUUUGAAGAUGAUGACGAGGAGGAUAUGCUUGAGCAUUAUCUGGCUGAAAAAUCUGAUUCAUCCGCACAUUCUUCCAGGAGAGCUAGUUAAAUUGAAUAUGCUGCUGCAUAUCCGGCAGAGUUUUACAGUUUGCAUAUCUGGCAGAGUUUUACAGUUUGCAUAUCUGGCAGAGUUUUACAUGUUGCCUCUCACUCUGAGGGAGAGGGAGUUUCUGCCAUCUUUCUAGAAGUGGGGGUGAUUUGGUUUAUGAUAUUAUCAGGUACAAUGCAAAAGUGUUUGAUGUGUGAUAUUCUAUUUCACAUGAGCACCGUUUGAUAUAAAAGAAAUAUUUUUUGUUUGUAGUCAUCAUCCUUGAAUUGUAAUGAAAUCAGUGUCUUAUGGAUAAACAGCUUUAUAACUCAUUUUGAAGUAGAAGAAAUAAGAUAAAUUUUGUUUCAAUGGUUA